AUGCGCUUCUCACGGAUCGCCAUUGUAGCGGCUGGCUUGUUCUCGCAGCUCGCUAUUGGAGCAACAACCCAAUUCAGCAAUGAAAGAAGAUUUAUGUUUGAUGUUGAUGGGAACUUCAUUGACGCAUAUGGAAGUAAAAUCAAUUAUGGCAAAUAUUACCUCUACGGAAAUAGCUGGUCAAUUGAAGGGAGUGAGGCAUAUGGUAUCAAAAGCUAUUCCUCGGUGGAUCUAGUGAAUUGGAGGUACGAAGGCUUCCUCUAUGACCCCACUACAACCAACGAUUGUUCGGGAUCCGGAGGUUGCGGUCGCCCACACAUUAUCUAUAAUGCCAAGACCAAGAAAUACAUCCUUUGGGCCAACAAUGACGGUUAUGUGGUGGCAACAUCGGAUCACCCCGCUACAGGAUACAAAUUUCUCAGCUCUCAACCUGCCCUGGACCCUGUGGUUGCAAAGCUUAACCCUGCCGACUUUGCUGUUGAGCUUAUAAAUAAUGAGGGAUAUAUCGUUUACAGUGGCUUGAAUUUCACCAUCACUGAUGGAGGCAGUUUAUGGCCUCAAAUCUCACAAUCAUUAUACCUUGGCCACCUUACUUCAGAUCUGGUUAACACCACUACAGUGGCGUACGACGUGAAGUCAGAGGCCAAUGACAUAGUCGACAACCAAGCUGAGUCGCCAGACCUAAUUUUCAGGAACGGACUGUGGUAUGUCUUUGCUUCGAACACCUGUGGAUAUUGCAGCGGAACAUUGGCUAUCGUCUAUCGGUCCUCGUCUAUUCAAGGACCGUGGAAACGCCAAAUCUUAAGUGGAGAUUCAUGCAAUUCUCAACUUGAAGGCAUCCUUCCACUUGUCGAUCCGAAGACGAAGGAGACAACAUAUGUGUGGCAUGGUACAUCAGUUCCUGGUGGCCCAAGGACUGGCUUUGGUGGCCAUAUAUUCCAGCCUUUAGUCUUUAACAAGGAUGGUAGCGUUCAGGAUCUGAACUGUAGCCCGGAAGCCACUUUUGAGGUGGACUUCACGCCUGGGGAAGGAACCGCUGCAUCGGGUUUAGCAAGCCAGUCAACGGACAAGAGCCCUGACCUUGCAACUUACUCCGCUGUUUGUGACUCAGACCAGUAUAUUCUCUAUCAAACUUGGACCGCUGAGCGUACUGGACUUCUCGAGUCGGUAUCCGUCAAUAUUGCGGCUACAACACAAACCACAGCCUUGAAAGUGACUGUGUUCAACUUUUCCUCCGUCCAGGAUCUACUUGAGCCAGGAUAUACUUUUAACACCCUGGGCGAAAGUUCCUUCCUCCCCAGCAAUCUGACAUGGGUAUUCAAUAAUGCCACCGUACAUGUUGAUGCGCAAGUUAGUGCUGGUGAGAGAUUGGGACUUCAGAUCUCAGGUGCCGAUUUUGCGCCAUAUUGCCAUCUAGAAUAUCCUCUCGCUGCGAAUCAAAAGUCAGAAGACUUGAUUUUGUUCCAGCAAGGUAUUGGCCAAUAUUCUGCGAGGGGUCCGAAGGGAUCUUCACCUCCGAUUCAGGUUCGCGAACGACGAGGGCUCAAGUUCUGGUCGGUAGUCAACUAA